AGUUAACAACGAGGCAUCCCAUCCUCUCACAACCAAUUAAUCCACGCUCUCCAGUCUUCUCUUCCCGUCCAGAAAACACACAAAUCUCGAGACAUAUAACCAUGGGUCUCCUCAGGGUGCUGGCCAUGGCCGCGGCCGUGCUGCUGCUGCUCUCGCUGGCGGCGCCGUUGGCGUCCGGGCAGGGGAGCGGCGGCGGUGGCGUGGCGACGUCGUGCACGGCGUCGCUGAUAACGAGCUUCACGCCGUGCCUGGGGUACAUCACCAACAGCAGCAACGGCGGCAGCGGGUCGUCGCCGACGGCGGACUGCUGCCAGUCGCUGGCGUCGGUGGUGAGCGCGAGCACGAGCUGCGCGUGCCUCAUCCUGACCGGCAACGUCCCGCUCGGCCUCCCCAUCAACCGCACCCUCGCCGUCACCCUCCCCAAGGCCUGCAAAUCCAAGGCCGUCCCGCUCCAAUGCAAAGAUACGGCGGCGCAGCUCCCGGCGCCGGGCCCGGUCGCAGUGUCUCCCGCCAUGCCCCCGCUGCCGCCAAUGAAGCCGGAGGCUCCGGAGGCGCCGGCGCCGCCUGCGGGAACCACCGUGACGAUGGCGCCGAGUAGCCAGAGCCAGGGGCAGACGAGGCCGCAGGUGGUGCCCAGCUCAGGAUGGAGGAGCGCCAGUGCUGGCGUGUCCGUGGUGCUCGUAGCCGCCGUUGGAGCCAUGCUGGUUUGAUCAGACUACCUUGAUGGGUUAUUAUUGAGUGGAGCUGCGGAUCGAGAAUAGUGUUGAUCGUGUGUCUUUUGUGAUUGUUUCGUACGUAACCGAGAGUUGAUUUGUACACGGGUACAUAUAGUACUAGUAUGAUUUGUUCGCUAGCUGGUUGUGUAAUUUUACAUUCUUUGGGUUGUGUGCUUGGGGAAAUAAUACAUACAGUACAUGUUUGGACAAUGGAAAACCUGAGUGUUAGUCCUCAA